GCUAUACUCUGUCAUUGUGAGAAUAGGAAUUAAAUUUUCUAACCUAAUACAAUAUUUCUUUUUUAAAUAAAAAAAUUAGUUUAUUAUAAACAAAUAAAUAAUUUUUUUUAUUAUUAUAAUGGCAGAAGCAAUGCGUCAAACCGUAGCUGGAAUGUUAAAAGGCAUUGAAAGAUAUAAUCCAGAUCAUUUAGCAACUCUAGAAAAAUAUGUUGAAAUACAAUCAAGAGAAAAUGCAUAUGAUUUGGAGGCUAAUUUAGCAGUUUUGAAACUGUAUCAAUUAAAUCCACAUAGAUUUAACAUGGAUAUCACAUGUCAAAUAUUAUUAAAAGCUUUAACAAAUCUUCCUCAUACUGAUUUUGUUCUUUGUAAAUGUCUUCUCAGUGAACGAAUUAUGCAAGAAAGUCCUAUUAAUCAAAUUAUGUAUUUGGGAGAUAUUUUAGAACAAUGCGACUUUCAACAUUUUUGGGAUAGAGUCCUUUCUAUGUCUGAUCUUUGUGAUAGAAUUGUAGGAUUUCAAGAUUCUAUAAGAAAAUUUGUUUGCCAUGUAGUAGGAAUCACAUUCCAAACAAUAGAUAAAAGUCUUCUAGCACAACUUCUUGGAGGUGUUGAUGAUCCUACAUUAAAACAUUGGGUAAAAAAAUAUGGAUGGAAAGAAGAAAGCAAAUCUAUUAUUUUUAUCGCCAAUCAAGAUGAAAAUAUCAAGACAAAAAAUAUUACAGAAAAAAUAGAUUUUGAAAAUGUUGCUGGUUUAAUGGCUGCUUGUCUAUGA